CCUGGCCUGAUGCCCAGAGUCUGGACGGGAGCGAAGAGACGGGAGGCGGGCUGUGGCAUCGCAGUCCCGCGAGAGCCGCGGCCCUCCCUCUGGUAUGCAUGCCCCAGCGCUUCUUCCUCCGCGGACCCCUUCUCAAAGGCGGGAGAAGAAAGGGUGGGACCCGGGCAGGUCCGGGAGAGAGGCAGGUCCCUACAGGACCCGGGCCCCGAGAUGUGGGUGGUGGCCGGAGGGCGGAGACGGGGCGGGGCUCGCGGAGACACCAAAGGGCGCCUCCGUCUCUCCACCUCAGAUCCUGGUUCAAGAGUGCCUCCGGGCGUCGGGCAAGAUGGCUGCGCGCGGGUUGGGUCGCAGCUUGGGGAGACUCCUAGGCAGCCUGAGCUGGCGCUCCGGUCAGCCCGCGAGGCCGCUUCGCGGGGUGAGCGCCCCCGCCGCAGCCGCAGCGCAGCCCGGCUCAUACCAGGCGCAGAUCGCACAGGCGGCCCGAGAGCCCGCCGCUUUCUGGGGGCAGCUGGCGCGGGACAUGCUCGUGUGGGACACCCCCUAUCAUACCGUCUGGGAUUGUGACUUCAGCAGCGGCAAGAUCGGCUGGUUCCUGGGAGGCCAGUUAAACGUGUCUGUCAACUGCUUGGAUCAGCAUGUUCGGAAGUCCCCAGAGAGCAUCGCUUUGAUCUGGGAGCGGGACGAGCCUGGAACUGAAGUGAGGAUCACCUACAGGGAACUGCUGGAGACCACGUGCCGCUUGGCCAACACGCUGAAGAGACAUGGAAUCCGUCGAGGGGACCGUGUGGCAAUCUACAUGCCUGUUUCACCACUGGCUGUGGCUGCAAUGCUGGCCUGUGCCAGGGUUGGAGCUGUCCACACGGUUGUCUUUGCUGGCUUCAGUGCAGAGUCCCUGGCUGGGAGGAUCAAUGAUGCUAAGUGCAAGGUGGUCAUCACCUUCAACCAAGGACUCCGGGGAGGACGCGUGGUGGAGCUGAAGAAGAUAGUAGAUGAAGCUGUGAAGCACUGCCCGACCAUCCAACAUGUCCUGGUGGCUCACAGGACGGACAACAAGGUCCACAUGGGGCGUCUGGACAUCCCACUCGAGCAGGAAAUGGCCAAGGAGGACACUGUUUGUGCUCCAGAGAGCAUGAGCAGUGAGGACAUGCUCUUCCUGCUCUACACCUCGGGGAGCACCGGAACACCCAAGGGACUCGUCCACACGCAGGCGGGCUACCUGCUGUAUGCCGCUGUGACGCACAGGCUUGUGUUUGACUACCGGCCAGGUGACGUUUUUGGCUGUGUGGCCGACAUUGGCUGGAUCACAGGACACAGCUAUGUGGUGUAUGGACCCCUGUGCAAUGGAGCGACCACUGUCCUUUUUGAGAGCACCCCAGUUUACCCUGAUGCUGGUCGAUAUUGGGAGACAGUGCAGAGGUUAAAGAUCAAUCAGUUCUAUGGGGCCCCGACGGCUGUCCGGCUAUUGUUGAAAUAUGGCGACUCCUGGGUGAAGAAGUACGACCGCUCCUCCUUGCGGACUCUGGGGUCAGUGGGAGAACCAAUCAACUGUGAGGCCUGGGAGUGGCUCCACAAGGUGGUGGGGGACUGCAGAUGCACGCUGGUGGACACCUGGUGGCAAACAGAAACGGGUGGCAUCUGCAUCGCCCCACGCCCCUCGGAAGAAGGAGCAGAAAUCCUCCCUGGCAUGGCUAUGAGACCCUUUUAUGGCAUUGUCCCAAUUCUCAUGGAUGAGAAGGGAAACGUUGUGGAGGGCGGUGAUGUCUCUGGGGCUCUGUGCCUGUCCCAGGCCUGGCCGGGCAUGGCCAGGACCAUCUAUGGAGACCACCAGAGAUUCAUGGAGGCCUACUUCAAGCCUUACCCAGGCUACUACUUCACUGGAGAUGGGGCUUACCGGACCGAGGGCGGCUACUACCAGAUCACAGGGCGGAUGGAUGACGUCAUCAACAUCAGCGGCCACAGGCUGGGGACUGCUGAGAUCGAGGACUCGAUGGCUAGCCACCCCACUGUGGCAGAGACUGCUGUCAUUGGCUACCCCCAUGACAUCAAAGGAGAAGCUGCAUUUGCCUUUAUUGUGUUGAAGGACAAUGCAGGUGACCCAGAUUUGGUGGUGAAGGAGGUCAGGUCAGCAGUGGCCAACAAGAUUGCCAAGUAUGCGGUGCCUGAUCAGAUUCUGGUUGUGAAGCGUCUUCCAAAAACUCGGUCUGGAAAAGUCAUGCGGAGGCUCCUGAGGAAGAUAAUUACAGGAAGAGCUCAGGAUCUGGGAGAUACCACCACCUUGGAGGACCCCCAUGUCAUCAUGGAAAUCCUGAAGGUCUACCAGAAGUACAAAGACAAACAAACUGCUGCUCAGUGAUGGGCUUUGGCUGAGACCCAGUGCCCAUGCCCCUAACUGUCCUUCCAGAAUGUAGCUCUCAGAUUGGCUCAUUUCCUACUGUCCCAGAAGCAUUCCUCUCCUAGAGUGUAAUCCACACUGCCCAAAUGUGAAGUCUGUGCUAAGCCUGCCUUCUUUCCGCUGAGUACCCAUGAAGAGAUACUAUUAGAUAUGCUUAGCAUUUGUUUCCCUUGUCCUGAAUUUGGUUUCCUGGGAUGAAAAGUCAUUGUCAUCUCCAUUUCUCUGUCACCUCCAGACAGCACAGGAAGGUGAGGUGUGCCUGCUCAGAGAACCAGAAGCAAUCAUAUUUUUUCCCCCAGAUGUACUAGAUACAAAAGGCAGAAAUUUUAUUUUUAUACUUUUAUAUUUUGGAAGAAUGAGCAGAUAUACACAUGUAGUGUGCAGAUUUACUUAUACACAUUCUUCGUAACAUUUAGAGUUAUGAAAAUAUCCUUUUGUGCCUUUGCUCAUGGGGAAAUGUGGAGAGGGUCAGAGGAUGCCUUUUUAAUGUUGGCAUGCUGGGAAUCUGAAUUUGAAAUGUUUGUACCUCUGUCUAAAUAUAGCUAUCUUGAGAACUUUCAA